AGCAAGGAAGUGAAGCACUGAAGCAAUCCUGAGGACAUCUUGAGAGCUUGAGCGGCCUUCAUUAUUAUUCUUUUGACGAUAAUGGAGACAACAAGCCCCGUGGACACACUACUUUGCCUACAACAACCAUCCUUGAGGCCAACUGUGGCCACUGGAGGUCUCACGGAAGCUCCAAUGUGCGAUGCUAAUGGUCACAUUGCUGAAGUGCAAGGCCGUGUCGAGUCUCUCUUGCAGCAUCGGGACGGCUUGAUCUCCAGUAGCAGUACCGAUAAUGUACUUACCCAGGAUUCCAAGGUAUCCAGUUCGAAGGAGGAUAUGAAAGACUCAUUUUUGGAUGAAUCCUCCACAGGACGGGAAAACGAGUACGAGAGUAUUUCCUCGCCGAGAAGCGUGCUCUUAAUACACCAACAAAGCCGCAGCUUUGCCAAACGAAGACGCGCCGUGGGUCGUCAGAGCAGUAUGGGAAGUUUGUUUCCCGCAAAGGCUAGCACCAAUGGGUCGCAAAAGGAUGUCAGUUCGGGACUUUUGCAGCAACAGCAGAGUGAUAGCAGCGACUCCAAUCCAAGGCGUGGCGUCGGUCGUCACAAGAGCACAGGUAGUCUUCCGAGAUCCCAAAACGAGCGCAACGGCACCUUCUCCAAGAUACGAGCCGCCGUCAAUCGCCAGAGCAGUUUUGGUCGCCAGAGGAGUGGAUCAUCACGAAAAGAUGCCCUUCCUCGACCGAAUCAGUUGCUGCAGCAUAUUGGUGGCAGUUUUGCCAUGCGCUCUCUGAGUCGACAGAGCAGUAAUGGAAGUGUGGGUGGUAGUGUUUCAUCCCGUGCAAGUCGACGCAAGGGCCCCUCAAGGCACAACUCGAAUAGCUCGCUGAUAUCACAACAGUCAUCCAGCAGCACACUCAAUGUCUUUGGAUCCGACAUGGUCAGUAACGACUUUAUCCUUCGCAAGCUGGAUGAAUUGGAAGCCAACGAUGACAUUGUCAAAGUGGAGAUGGAGGACUGCCUUGCUACCACACGUGAAAAGGCCAUUCCUUUGCGUCUCAAAGAAAUUCUACGAGAUCAUAUUCGUCCUUGGGAAGGCGUUCACUUUGUCGAUGAACUCUUGGAUGGGUACAGCUAUCCGGAAUUCUGUAGAAACAAGCGUCGAUUCCUCCGUGCCAUGGACAAUGUGUGCGCUCGGCAAUUGAUCCCUGUGACGUACAAUCUCAAGGUUCAUUUGAAAUUGGAGGGAGAUGGCGAGUGCAGCAGCAAAGCCGAGGAGAAUUCUACAAUUCAGUUGAUUGAUCAAUUUCGAGACGACAACACCAUCACAGCAGUUCAUGUUUCCGCCUCCACAGCAUCGUUACAGCUAAUCAACGCAUUGACUCACUUGUUGAAUAGCGACAGGAAGUGGGACCCCGACAUGACUCUACGUAUUGCCCCUGUAUUGCCGACAAUGGGAGCUUGCUCCAGAACCGACAACAUGAAACUACGAGCCAUUGAUGAGGCCAUGGAGAAUUUGAAGCAGGCAUCCGAGUCCAAGGGUAUACAAUUCAUUCCCAACUACGAAGAUUAAGCUUUGGGGAAGCCAUCAGAGUGGAAUGAUGGGAUAAACGAAACUAUUAGGUGACAGUUAUGAAUCUU